AUGAGCAGCGCCUACAGCGCGGUCUGGGACACGCUGCCCCGCGCCUUUGUGGGCAUGCCCUGCCAGCUGCAGCCCGUCGUGCACGCGCUCUGCGAGGAGGUCGAGCUGUCCUUCCUGGAGGCCGGCCGCCCCUGCCCGCCCUGGCGCAGCUGGGCCGCCACGAUCAACCGCUGGAUGUCGGACCAAUUUGUCGACUACCCAGUUCCGGGGCCCGCCGCGUCCGAUGAGGAGGUGGCCACGUUUCUCGAGCGCUGCAGCGCGAGCGGCCCUGGCGGCGCCGCGUCGUCGGCGUCGUACGGUGUCGCGACGCCGCCGCGGUCGGCGCCGUGCGCAGGCGGCGCGGCGGCGGCGCGGCGCGGCGGCGUGGGCGGCCGGCUGGCAGGAGAGGCGGUCGGGUUUGAGGCGCCGGCGGAGCCCCUGUCUGCGGCCUUGUCCCAGGCGCAGCAGCAGCAGCAGCAGCAGCAGCAAGAGUCGUUGCCGCGCGCCGCGACGGCGUUUCAGCCCGUCCUCGCGCUCCCGCCGCAGCCGUUUGGCUCCGCUGCGGCCGCCCUCGCGCCGGGCUGCGCGGACCCUGGGCUGGACGCGGCGGACGACGACUUCUCCAUAGUCUACGCCGCCGGCUCGGCCGGCGACGAUGAUGGCGCCGGCGGCGCCCUCGCGUACGACGAGGUCGCCGACUGCCUCGGGUCGCCGCGUCAUGGCACGCCCUCUGAGGCUUCGACGUGUUUCGAUGAGGAUGAGGAGGAGGGGUUGCCCGCCUUUGGUGGCCGGGGCGCCGCGGCCUGCGCGGGCGCCCAGAGCGGAGGGUCAGAGGGCUGCGUGCGGGGCGGCCUGAUGUUCCGCGCGCCCGCCGCGGCGGCGCCAUCGGCGGCGCCGGCUGGCGCCGGCGCGGGGCGGCGGCGCAGCCUGCUGACCGCGGGGCUGCAGCAGCAGCGGCAGGCGCGGCCGUGGCUGCUGGGGCUGUCGGACGGGCUCGUGGGGCCGCAGCCGCGCCCCUACAAUGCGCCUCACCCGCAGCACGCGCUGCCGCUGUGGGCGCAGCAGCUCGCCGCCACAGCCGCGGCGCAGCAGCAUCAGCAGCACCCGCAGCAGCAAGCCCAGCUGACGGCGCACCCGCAGCUGUUUGCGGCCGCCGCGCCCGUGCAGCGCGCAUGGUGA